CUCACCCUUCAACACAAUUCUUCUCCAAGCCAGCAAUUCCUUCAGGCCUCACACUGACUUGUUCUUUGGAUGACCGCGCCUACCAUGGACUCAACAGGCGACACGGCCGAGCAGGACGAUUGGACGGACACAACGCAUUCUCCAUCGGAACUUUCAGAGGGUACCGACUCAGAUUCAGAAUUACGACGCCUAUUAUCUUUGCCACCGCACUUCAGAUCAUAUGAAGCCUACAUUGAAUAUUCCAUCGCGAGGUUCGAACCGGAAGGCGUUCCUGAAAUUGCGUACGACCGCCUAUGCGCAAGUUGUACGGCAGCGUUCAAGAUAGUAAGCGAAAUGGUUACUCAAAGAAACACCGACAGGAAGAUCCCCUUUUGCAGCGUCAAGGAGUUCCUGACAUCAGCUGCUGAAGGAAACUGCCAUGUCUGUCAUUGGCUCAUGACUGCGACUUUAAAACAACAUGGAUGUAUUGUAUUUUGCAGAACGGCCCAGUCCGUGAUCGACCGAGACUACGUCAAAAAGCCUGAUUCGAGUGUUGAUGCACUUGGGUGCGUGGACGCGGCCUUAGAAUGGGCCAUCCAAUUACAUACACGAAUAACACAAUCCGGGGAAGAAACUGAGCUGUCUAUCAGGUCUACUGUUGUGGGAGGUGAUGGAAAGAUAACCAUUGUGUGGUGCAUGUUCUUAGACUGGUAUUACAACGGAGCACGGGGUUUUCCAACUUCUCUCAGUACGGCAAGCGACGCUAGCUGGAAUCAAGCACUCAAAUGGAUCAAAAACUGCCGCUCGCAUCCCCGCUGUAACCCGGUCCAGGUCGCAACUUUGCAAGAUAAUUAUCCUGCCCGGCUGCUCGCAGUGGGACUCACCGGAGAGGCGUACGUCAGGCUUUGCGAAACAAGUAGGGAUACUUUUUCGAAGGAGCGGUCAUACAUGACACUCAGUCAUUGUUGGGGGAAAAACGGCGUCCCCAUUCGUCUCUUGAAGGAAAACUACAUCCAGUUCUUGAACGGCAUUCAACUUGGCGAGCUACCAAACACCUUUCGUCAUGCCAUCGAACUGACUCGGAAAUUGGGGGUUCCCUUCCUCUGGAUUGAUUCCCUGUGCAUCAUCCAAAACUCGGCUGAAAACAAGGACUGGAUCCAAGAAUCAGCCAAAAUGCAACAUGUUUACCGGAAUUCCUUCCUAAACCUGGCUGCUGGCGCCUCACCAGAUUCGAGUGGCGGCUUAUACUACCGACGAGAUCGGCUUUCGGUCAGACCUUGGUUCGUACAAUUAGAAGAUGAUCGUUACUUAUUGGCGGCAUAUAAAAGCGAACACACCGAUCCGGAGAUAACGGAGCUCAUUCUAUACACUCGUGGAUGGGUGCUUCAGGAACAACUCCUAGCACGACGGACCCUUGUUUUUGGUAAAAAGGAGCUAUAUUGGGAAUGCUUAACGUGCCAAGCAAGUGAAUCUUUUCCCGACACGAUUGAAAGACCUUUCUCCUUCUAUUAUAAGAUAUUCCCACAUGACUGGGAAAGUCUCCUUAACGGCAGGCUAGUUGACUCAAACCGGCGGAGGGCGUGGAUGCUCUUACUAGGGACAUACUCUAAAAGGUCUCUGACCGAGCCUUCAGAUAGGCUUGUGGCUAUAUCCGGGCUCGCAGAGCAGCUAAGCAGCACAUGGAGUGGUAUAGCCUAUCUUGCCGGAUUGUGGUCAUAUCGCCUCAUUCAACAGCUUUUGUGGAUUGGCGGAAACGAAUACGGCCAGAAACACACAGACAUAGCCCCUUCAUGGCGUGUCCUGGAUGCCAAAGUAACUCCCAGAAAUACGACAAGUCCUUUUGGGCCAGUUGCUUGUGGCGCAAGCAUUAGGAUAAGGAGUCCCGUUGUUCGAGCUAGAAUAACCGAACCUCCGGACGAAAACAUGGAUGGCUCGUGCCACUUAGAACUCAAGGAGUACGGUGACACGACGGAGCUUACAUUCGAGGAAUUUAAUGUUGCUUGGGACGACAAUAAUGACGCCAAGGGUGCUAUACAAUAUGCCUACUUAGCACCAAUGCAGAUUGAAACUCAGGAUGUCGAAAGGGUGUGGCUGUAUGGACUGGAAGGAUUGUUUUGGGACAUCGACGCAUGGUUUGCUGAAAGAGUUGGAGAAGGACCGGAAGAGCGCAUGAGAUACUUGAAGAACGACCCAUAUGUUAACGGCCCUCCGUUGAAUACUAAUCUGGAGGACCGGUAUCCCCCGAAAGUAGAACGGAGAUUCAGCCCCAACAUCUUGGCUUUUCUCAGAGCCAUUGCCCGAAUUGCCCGGGCCAACAAGGCAAACGGGAUUCCAGAUCCAGUACUCGGAAUGGGCGAAGGGAAUGGAUUUUACACGUACGAGAUUGUGUAA